ACUUUGUCUUGCCCUUUUCACAGAAUCUUCCAAAUCGUGGCUCUUCCUUUGGUUUCUCAGUAUUUAAUUUAAUGAAUGCGAUCAUGGGAAGUGGCAUACUUGGCUUAUCCUAUGCUAUGGCCAACACGGGGAUCAUGGGGUUUAGUAUCUUGUUGCUGAUUGUUGCCACCCUUGCUUCUUACUCGGUAUUUCUUCUGCUCAGUAUGUGCACUCAGACUGGUGGUGGGAGAAAGCUUCCGUUUCUUUCCUUAUUGGCUCUGUUGUCUACAGCUAGCUUUGGUCUCUCAGAUGAUUGCUUCCUGAUUCUUCUUAGAUCUGCUGCUCCUGUCUUCACCUGUUGAGUGAUCUUCUUCCUGCAUUCUUAAAAAAUAUUUUUCAGAGCUGUCAC